AUGGGAAACUACGCAUCAGCAUGCAGCCUCAUGAUCUCCCCUAUAAUGAAAAGCAACAAGGCAGCAAGAGUUAUAUUUCCGGCCGGCGAGAUCCGGCAGUUUCGUGACUCGAUCAAGGCUGCGGAGAUCAUGCUUGAGUGUCCAAACUUCUUCUUAGUCAACUCCCGGUCGUUGAACAUCAAUCGUCGUUUUUCGCCGCUUUCCGCUGAUGAAGAUUUGGAGGCCGGGAAUAUUUAUAUCUUGUUUCCGAUGAGGAGGGUGAAUUCCAUGGUUACUCCGGCGGAUAUGGCGGCUUUUUGGAUGGCGGGUAAUAGUGCGAGUAAGCGGAUUUCGGGGAGGAUAUCUCCGGAGAUGACUACGGUUGGAGGUGGAGUGAAGGAGGAGGUGGUGGUGGAAGAGCCGAGAUUGGUUGUGGAGGUGCCGGAGUUUAGUUAUCGGCUGGCGGUUUGUAGAUCAAGAAAGCCGUUUCUUGAUACAAUUACGGAGGAGCCGGUUUGUGCAAGAUAA